CUUUUUUUUUUUUUCAUUCAUUAUAUUUAUUUCGUUGGUCAUGUCUGUUGAUCGUUCUUCUUAUCCAAAUACUUUCUCAUUCCAACCACCUGUCAACUUGGAAGCCAUUCGUUUUACUAUUCGCAAACGUAUUCAUCAUAAACGACAACAUACACCUACUCCUCAAGUUUCUUCACCUACUUCAUCCAUCUCUUCUUCCUCCUCUUCAUCACCACGUAUGUCUGUAGCCUUAUUGGAUCAUGGUUUACCCUCACCACCUGUGGAAUAUCAACUGAAACAAACGGAAAAAUCUGAUGAUAUGGAAUUGGAUGAUCAACAGCAAGAUGAUGACGAUUGUGUUUCUACUAUUUCCUCCUUACCUCCUUCUAAUAGCUCUACGCCUACCGCGCUGGACGCGUCGUCACCUUCAUCAUUAUCUACUUUGACCUCUGAACAAGUUGAACUGAAAAUCAAGCAACUCAAGGAAGAAAAACAUCGUCUGUUUACUCAAAUGAAAAACUUGUUAAAACAAGAAGAAAAGCCAGUACUGAAACCUCUACAAACCCAUAAGCCUUCGGAUACUUUGAAAAUAGCACAAAAACAACAAGAAGAAUACCAAGAAACUUCUUUGCCUUCUCCUUCUCCUUCUCCAACAACAACUCCCAAAACAAUGAAAAUUUCCAACAAACAACAACCUUAUUUAAAAUCAUCAAAACAUCCUACUCUUCAACAUCUUUAUCGAAAUCUCCCUCGUCGCCGUUCAUCCUAUCAUACUACAUCUUCAGCACCAACAACACCAACAACACCCUGUUUACCUUCUGGAAUGAUACCAAGAUAUUACCAUUCGUCAUCUUCAUCAAGUAAUAAUAUGAUGCCUCCAUCAUCAUUGACUAUGGACAACGGAGGAAGAUACCGAUAUUCUCCUUAUGGUGGUUAUUUUACUCCAGUAUCAUCAUCAUCCACUGCAACUUCUACCAUGUCUCCUCCAUCUGGGUACUCUGUACGACGUAGUUCUCAUUUCAGUUCCCGUUUACCAGCAACCACAUCAUCAACAACGCUAUCAACAUCGUCAUUAUCACCAUUAUCACCAUUAUCACCAUCAUCAUCAUCAUCAUCAUCAUUACCAUCAUCCUUUCGACCCUCAAGACCUUUAGUAGCUAGACAUACUUCAAGAUACUGAUCUUUUUUUUUCAUUUUAUAUAUUUCAUUCUGUAUACAUUUUUUUUUUUUUAGCAUUUACCUCUCGAUAUUAGUUCCCUCUUUCUCGUUAUAUUGUGAUAUUUGUAUUAUCAUUUUAUUUCGCUAGUCUCAUCUAUUUUUUUUUUUUUUGUAAAACCACCCUACUCCAUCUUAAUAAAACAUUGAACUCAUUUUUUUUUAUCAUCAUCUGGUUCAUGUCGCACAAUGGACACAACGUCUUUC